CCCCUUUAUCGUUCUUCUUUCUCGCAAACAUAUACGUACAUAAUCAUGAAUCUUCCUUAUCUCGCACAACAGAUGAACAGAAUCUGAUCUACUAACACCAAUUCAAUUAACAUACACAAAAUUUGGUCAUAAAUCUCCAAUAAUAAAACCAUAUAUACAUAUAAUAAUGCUAUUAAAUUUGAAACCCAUAAAUACAAUCACCAUAACAAUGAUAUUAACAUUCUCACUAAUCAUCUUCUUUUGUUACAUUCUUAUAGAUUUCCCAUCAGCCACAACCAGCUCAACAAUCCCAAAAAUUCCCAUAAGUCAAUUACAGAGUCAAUCCGGAAGUCAAACUAAAAGUCAACAUGAUCCAGACCCAUUCCAGAACUUACUGGGGGCUUACAAGAAUUGGGAUUCCCAAGUGGGUUGUGUUAGUUAUAAGGAAUUACAUGUGGGUUUGGUGAAAAAAAGUGUAAAUUUAUCAUCUUUACAAGUGGGUGAUGAGCAUGAAUGUAGGGAGUUAAAGAUGAAUCAUGUUGGUGUUUUGAUCAAAGGGUGGACUUGGAUUCCUGAUAAUUUGGAUAAUUUGUAUUCAUGUAGAUGUGGUUUGAGCUGUUUGUGGACUAAAUCUAAUGUUCUUGUUGAUAAACCUGAUGCCUUGUUUUAUGAGACUACUACACCUCCAUCUAGGAGACGCAUUGGAGAUCCACUUCGAGUGUACAUGGAUCUUGAGGCUGGCAGAAGAAAAUCCGGUUCUGAAGACAUUUUUAUUAGUUAUCAUGCCAAAGAUGAUGUUCAGUCAACAUAUGCUGGAGGUCUCUUUCAUAAUAAUCGUAAUUAUUAUCUUUCUCCGUAUAAGAACAAUGAUACCCUCGUUUAUUGGUCUUCAUCACGUUGUCUUCCUCAAAGAAAUCAGCUUGCCAAGAGCAUACUCAGCUUGCUGCCUCAUCAUUCGUUUGGUAAAUGUUUGAACAACGUAGGUGGUCUCGAUAUGGCACUUUCUCUCUAUCCCGAGUGUGCUAAAGACCCGAAUGCAUCACCUAAAUGGUGGGACCAUCUACAUUGUGCCAUGUCUCACUACAAAUUUGUUCUAGCAAUUGAGAACACAUAUACGGAGAGCUAUGUCACUGAGAAGUUAUUUUACGCAUUGGAUUCUGGGGCAGUUCCUAUUUAUUUUGGUGCACCAAACGUGAUGGAUUUUGUGCCUCCACAUUCGAUUAUUGAUGGCACCAAGUUUAAGUCCAUGCAUGAACUAGCAACCUAUGUUAAAGCACUUGCUAAUGAUCCCGUAGCUUAUGCAGAGUAUCAUGCCUGGAGAAGGUGUGGUGUAUUGGGCAACUAUGGAUAUACACGGGCCGCAAGCUUAGACACAUUGCCAUGUCGGCUCUGUGAGGCCAUUAGCCGAAGAGGUGGCAGAGAUGCUACAUCGUGAUUGACAUAGAUUUUUUGCCCCUUAAUGGGGUCAGUGGGCCUGCGGUGUAAUUAUAAUUCAUAGUCUAUUUUUGGCUCAAAGAUUUUGUUCAGGAAGAAUAUAUUAGACUGUCAUUUUGGUAGAAUUAGACGGGAGAUAACAUUUCUUUGAUUGUGCCAUAAAUAUUGGUUUUUUAGAUCUAUCUUCGGUGUGGACUUACAAUCUACAUGAAUUCUGAUGAAGAAAUUUGAUCUGAACGUUGAUUUGGUAUAAAAAACUUUAAUUUUGUUUCA